UGAGCUUUCUGAGUGUGUUACGAGGUUUUAGCGAGUUUUUAGUGUGUUUUUAGAGAGCUUUUAGUGAGUUUUUAGUGAUGUUUUGAGUGAGGUCCGUUAGGGUUGCCUCUGCAGAGCAGAAAAAAAGAAGAGGCACAAUAACUGUGGUUACCUGACGAGGCUGUGGCUUCCCUUCAUGUUCUUUAGAAUUUGCUGUUUAGGUUUCAAUUCCCUGCAGACGAGCGAGAGGCGAGAGAACAGGGUGUUUUUCUCAGGCGCGAGAGUUGUGCCGAGGCUCGCGUCGGGCCGAACCGGCGCUGGGGCUCGGGUUCGAGGGCUCGGGAGGUGCUGGUUGGACUGUAUUUGUGUCUGUGUGAAGGUUUAUGGUGUUGGUUCUGUUUUGAAUCAUCAGAGUCGCUAUCGUUUGAUCUGGUGGAGGGGAUUUCUCCUCGCUCGUUUUGACCUUAAUUUGCGCGAGAGUGAGAGCGCGCGAGAGCUAAAGAGUGAUAUGAGUGAUAUGGUGGGCCCCAGAUACAGAGAUACCGAGAUAAUGAGACCAUGUCGUUUCGUGAGGACCUUCACAAAGUGAGAAAAAAAGCCUCGCGCUACGUCGAGCACCGCACUCGCUCCACCCUUCAGCGGAAUAACACCAGCGGAACCACCAGCAACACCGGCGGUACCACCUCCACCGCCUCCUGCGGCGGCAAUAGGAAGUCUCGGCAGGAGGGGGGCAGUAUGUUGAAGAACCGGCGGCCGGUUCAGAGAAGGAUGACCUGCCCGAGUCCUCAUGAGAUCAGCCGAGCCCUGCAGACUCCCUCCGCCCCCUCCAUCACCCGCUCCGCCAGCCUGGACGAGCUCAUCCAGCGCUGCCUCCACUACUUCGACUCGGAGGGGAAGCUAAUCAGAGGGAUGCAGUUGGUCAAUAUGACCCUGAUGAUGCAUAACUGGGUCGUACCUUCACACGCCUUCGCCCAAAAGCUGCUUUCUCUCUAUAAAGACUGUCCUGUAGAGAAGAGAGCGCAGAGACGACCGCAGAUCUGCCACUUUAUCAGGUACUGGGUAGCUCAGUUCCCGCUGGUGUUUGAGACGGACCGGCUGCUGGAGGAGGUGAUGGGUGAUCUGUGGGCUCUGGUCCAGGAAGAGAAGGACUCCACCUGCCAGCUGAUCGACACGCCGUACCUGACCCCGCCGGCGAAGGUAUCUCAGGCCCCGUCUCCGCUGGUGAAGAAGAGGAAGGUCUCGCUGCUGUUUGAUCACAUGGAGGCGGAUGAGAUAGCGGAACAUCUCAGUUAUCUGGAGUUUAAAAACUUCUGCAGCGUUUCAUUCCUGGAUUACCGCAGUUACGUGGUGCACGGCUCGGUGAGGAAUAACCCGGCGCUGGAGAGAUCCGUCAUGCUGUGUAACGGCGUCUCCCAGUGGGUCCAGCUGAUGAUCCUCAACAGACACACCCCCCAACAGAGGGCGGAGGUCUUCACCAAAUACAUACAUGUAGCACAGAAGCUGAGAGCUCUGCAGAACUUUAACACUCUAAUGGCGGUGAUCGGAGGAUUGUGCCACAGCUCCAUCUCCAGACUCAAAGACACAGCCAGCCUGCUCUCCUCCGACAUCACCAAGAGUCUGAGUGAGCUGACCGAGCUGCUCUCCUCCUACAGUAACUACACUAACUACCGCCGCGUCUACAGCGAAUGCACCGGCUUUAAGGUGCCCAUCCUGGGCGUCCACCUUAAGGACCUGAUCUCCCUGAACGAAGCCCUGCCCGACUACCUGGAGGACGAGAAGAUCAAUCUGAGCAAACUGCAGCACCUGUACAGCAACAUCAGCGAGCUGCUCGCCAUCCACAAGUGCAAACCACCGUUCGAGGCCAAUAAGGACCUGCUGCACCUGCUGACGCUCUCUCUGGACCUGUACUACACCGAGGACGAGAUUUACGAGCUGUCCUACGCCAAGGAGCCUAAAAACCCCAAAAUACAGCCCGUAACUCCGGUGAAGCCCCCUGUUGUUGCAGAGUGGGGGUCAGGGGUCGCCCCCCGGCUCGACCCCGACACCAUCUCUAAACACGUUAAACAGAUGGUGGACUCCAUCAUGAAGAACUACGACCUCAACACGGACGGGUACAUCUCUCUGGAGGAGUUUGAGAAGAUCGCCGCCAACUUCCCCUUCUCCUUCUGCACACACGACAGCGACCGGGAAGGAGAGAUCAGUCGGGAGGAGAUCACGUCGUAUUUUAUGAGGGGGAUGUCAGUCUGCGCUAAGCUGGGCUUUAACCUCCACAACCUGCACAACUUCCAUGAAACCACGUACAAGAGACCCACCUUCUGCGACACCUGCGGAGGAUUCAUGUGGGGAGUCAUCAAACAAGGCUACCACUGUAAAGACUGUGGGGUGAAUUGUCAUAAGCACUGUAAGGAUCAGGUGGCGAUGGAGUGUCUGAAGAGGUUCCAGGUUUCGGGAGGAUCCUGCCCCUGUACCCCCGGACCGGGGUCCGGCCUCAGGCCCAAGGGCAACAGCUGGAGUUCUGAGGAGGAGGCGUUUGUGUUUCCUCAUGGAAACGGAUCUGAGAUCUCUAAAGGUCUCGCGGGUCCUGAGUGUGAUGCUGAGGGGGCGAUGCUGUCGGACCGGUCCACUCAGACAGACCCGGGGGUGUGGACACCAGACGUAGCCAAUCGCAAACCACGAUCUCCUGUAGAACGAAGUGCCACCCUGCCAGCGCGAAUGAGGGGCUCGUCCGCCCCGAGCUCCUUCCUCCAGGAGAAGAUGGAGGAGCUACAACUGCAUAAAGACAAGCGCAGAGAGCCGGACUGAACCAGGCGUAGCGCUAAUUCUACUUCUACUGCGUCAAAUGAGUGAAAAAAAGAAAAAUACAACAAAAAACAGACUGAAAAGCGAAAGAAUGGAUCUGCCUCUGGGAAACAAAACUGGGAAAAGACUAUUUAAACAUUUCUAUUAAAAAAAACUAUAAAAACUGUACGUUCUGUACGAGAAUGAUGCUCUUGAAACGUCGUCAACGAGAUGAGCCUCAAUACAUGCAUUAAAUAUAUAUAAUAUAAAACAUAAUAUACUGUAAGCCACCUUAAAAGUGGGGCCACCUUAAAAGUAGCAACAAUGCAUCUACGCAACAACGCAACUCCAGCCAGCCUACAACCUUCAGAGCCAUACUGGACCAGCCGUUACCAACGGAAACGACGAGCACCAGAUCUCCACCAAUCACCAGCAUCCACUGCCAAGGCUCCGCCCACCCAGAAGCAUCCAAAGGCGUACUGUGAUAGAAUCGAUCUCACUACUGCUCACCUCGUCUGGACGCCAGACUCCAAGACUCAUGGAUUUUUCUGAAUAAGGAAUAUAUAUAAAAAAAAUACAUAUAUGUAUGUGCACAUAUAUAUGUAGAAAAAAAAACGUGUAGCGUACUUCGUAAAAGCAAAAGACUUUUAAAAAUGAAAAAAAGGUAAGGAAGGUGCUUACUGCCAGAGCUGUGUUCUGUGUUCAUCAAGAUGUAUGUUUUAUGUCUCUAAAUAUAUAUAUAAUAUAUAAUAUAAAAAAAAAAUCCAAUCUUUUUGAACUUUUACCAAUACUGACGGUAUUGUACUGUGAAUUUAACUGUGAGAUGUGUGUCGGGAUGUCCACUGUGCAUUAGGGCUGCUCGUGUCAUAGGAAUGAAUGUAUUUGCGUCUUAUUCAAAUUUUUCCGUUCCACCUUAAAAAUGGUGCAGCAGAAGUUGGAACUUGCAGUUAUUUAUGGUGUGUGUUUAUAUUUAUAUGGAUAUUUGGUAAUUAAUUGAAUAAUACUAAGAUAAAGACAGAUAUCCCACUUCUCCUGCGACUCGCUGGAUUCCCCCACAUAUUCAUAGAAGCUCCAUUACGCCUGCAAAUCUUAUACAAUAUCUCGUAAAUAGUAUUUUAUAACAUAUAAUACUAAAUAUACAAGUAUAUUUAGUUGGGAUGGUUGGGUAGAGGGUUUAGUUUUGAUCAGGUUUAUAGAAAUAUAGAGCUUGUAGACCUGCUAAGCUCAUUAUGGAAUGUUUGGUCCCACUUUAUAAUAAGUGUCCCUAAGUACUGUGUAGUUACACAGUAACAAUCCAUGUAAUUACAGUGUAACUACUGAUGAAGUACACAUUGUUACAGAUUAACUACAGAGGUACUGGUUAUGUAAUUACACAAUUAUGAUUUAAAUAUAUAAUUUUAGGUUAAUUCAGGGUGAGUGUACUUACACAUGUGUAACAAUGUGUGUGUACUUACACACGUGUAUUAGUGUGUGUGAUAAGUUGAGUAUAAACUUAUCUAACAGCUAUUGUCUACUACACAUUGUUACACAUGUGUAAGUACACGUGCUCUAUUACUUGUGUAAGUACGCUCACCCUGGUACACAUGUGUAAUUACACAAGUCAAAAUAACCUUAAUACACAUGUGUAAUUACAUAACCUGUACCUCUGUAGUAAAUCUGUAACAAUGUGUACUUCAUCAGUAGUUACACUGUAGUUACAUGGUUUGUUACUGUGUAACUACAUAGUACUUAGGGACACUUAUUUUAAAGUGGGACCGAAUGUUUUUUUUUGGGUCAUUGUCAUGUUGCAUAGUCCACAUUUGCUUAGCUUUAACUUACAUUUCGAGACAAAUUGACUUUAAUUGACAUUUAUUUUCCUCUAUCCAAUCUAAUCCAACCAACCACCAAAUUCAUAUACAGUAGUGGAUGAUGUAUAGCGAUUCCAGGCCUUGUGCUGCUGUUGUGAAGCAACACAAUCAAUGAUUAAUCAGUACUCCCACCACCAUGCUUCACAGCUGGUAUGCUAUGAAGUCUUUUGCUUGGUUUAUGUCGACUUAAUUAAUGCUUCUGAAAGCCUCAGGGAUCCUCUGGGUGGGAAUAAAACAGGUCUAUCCUGUUAGUCGUAAAAAAGCUGUAUUUAAAUAAAAAAAUGUACGCCCUUCUGCUGCACCAUUGAUAAGGAAACGGAAAAAAAUCUGAAUAAAAAUCCAACUUUGUUCGAAUGUCUGCAGCCUGUGUCCUAACAUUUUUGAGGCCAUGUUUUUCUGGUGCUGAACUUCGUGAUAAUCCUGUAAUCGCGUCACCGUGCCUUACCCAGCGAACAAUUCAGCUCCAGAGCGGCGAAUAACGGUUAAAAUCAACACUGUAGAAAUUGUGGGUGAUUUUUUGCAUUUUUUGUUUUUUGUCUUUUUCUAACAUCCUUCCUCCGACUGUUUGUUUUUCUAUGUUGUUCUGACUUGAAUGUCCGUCGUACUAAAUCCUGAAUUUAGCCUGUAGAUUGUUUUUUUUUUUUUUUUUAUUUAUUGAGUCACAGAUCCACAGUAUUUGCAUCUCCUAGAACCGAACAUCUGAACCAAGACUUUGUUUUAAAAUAAAAAUAAAGAAAGAGAUGUUAUUUUUUUUGUUGUUGUUUUCGGCAAAAGAAUAGGAAUAGUUGUGGUUGCAUUAAAGUGAUGCUGAAAGUGAAAUUA